AUGGCAUUGCAAAAGCAAAAGGAGGACGUCUCUGGAGAGCUGACAGAACCUUUUGCCCAGGAUUCAAAGACAAAGAUGGUGGAGGAAGAGGAAGAAGCGGUGGUGGAAGUGGAGUUGGAGGCCCUUGGCUCUGAAAGCAGCUUUGAAACUGAAACCCCGGAUGUACUUGGGGACGGUGGCCACCCCACCCCUGAGGACGAAGACAGCAGGCCCUUGUUCUUUGAGAAGAACCUGGAGCAACUUGACACCUCACACACAGUAAUGUGUACAUUCUCAAUUUCACUAGCUGUGCCAAUGGCUGCAGGUCCAAAGCAUAGGCCAUCCAAUUUAACUGACAGGCAGAGAAAAAAGUCUAAUGUUGGGAAAGAUGCAGCAGCUAUUCCAAAAAUGCGGCGUUACUACCACAUUGAGUACUUCCUUCUACCAGAUGAUGUUGAGCCUAGGAAACUUGAUUUGGCGUUGUUUGGUGUGGUGGCCAAGCUGUUUGUGGAAUGUGAAUCCAAGAGACUGAACAUCGAGUUAUUUAAAAAGAAAUCAAUCCCAGAAACAGUUUUAAAACCUAAGUAUAGUUUUGGCCUGAAGGAUAUGAGAGAGACCACAUCGUUGCCAUCGACUGCACAGGUUCAAGCAGAGCGCUACAGGCAGAAACGGCCGACAACAAUAAUUUCCUCAGUUGUGAAACCGUGGUUUGAAAAUGACCAAAUAUGGGUGUCCUGGAACCACAGUAUUAAUAUUCAUGUUACUAAUGAGUUUCUAAUAAAACUGAGAGAUCACAAAGUAACUCUGACAAUAUGGGAUACCAAGGACAAAGUUUCUGCAAAAGCUAGGUUUAGUAAACCCAGGGUUCCUUUUUCGCAGGUAGAGGAUUCAGAUGCUAUUGGUGGAGUAAAAUAUACAGUGUUAUUGCAAAGAAAACUCUUCGAGGACAAUCAGCCAGAACUCAGCUGUGUUAAAAUUAAAGGUGUGAAGGUACCCAGUGCACCAGAGAAACCUGCAAUGGGUUUUGCAGCAGGCUCCCAUCCUGAAAUGAGCUCCAUGUGGUUUGCUAGUCGUUUUAGUGUUUCGGGAAGUAUCCUUUCUAACAGAGACAAAAUCCUGAAUGAGGGCAAUUAUUUGAAGCAGAAUACAAUUGCUGGCUUUUCAGAUUAUGUGAUUCCAAAAAAGCCAGAGAAAACGAAGUUCAGCUUGGAAAAUGCAGCAGACCACACAGACAAAAAAGAUCCAAAAGGUAGUAAAAGGAAAAGUUCUACUCCUAAAAGAGGCCCUGCUCUUAAAGAACGAAGGCAGAGCAACCGUAAAGUGUCCAAUGCACAGACCCUGAUUGCGGCAUUAACAAAGAAGUGUGGCAUAGCAUCUUUGCAACUGGAUCUCAUGCCUCUCCUCUCAGGGGAAAGGUUAGUGAUCAGUCGACUGCAAGAGAAAUCCCCUAAGAUUUUAGAUGCUUAUGUGACUUUCACUACAGAAGAACCUCUUAUGUCUGAGAGACAGAUAAGGGAAUUAAAUCCACUGAUUAUUAAGAUUCAUUCUGCUACAUGCCUCCCGAUGACUCCUGUCCCAAUUGAAGUGCUGCAGGCGACCUGUGUUCCCACAUACUGCAGAUACCAAUUUCACAACCUCCCUCCUCAUCAAACGCAAGGGCAAACCCAUGGAACUCACAUCUAUUUUAAAGAUGUCAAUGUGAUUCUAACAGGGACAAUCAGUCCUGGGGAAUUGCGUGAGUAUUUUAGAGGGCCACCUUUGGAGAUUGAGGUUCAUGACCGGGACAGAAAAAUGGCAGAGGACAUUAAAAAACCCUCUUUGUUUGGUGAUGAGCUAGAUGAUGGAAAGCUGAGUAAUGUGGGUCUUGUCUCUUACAAACACACAGCCUAUAAUCCAUUUACAGAAAAGGACAAUUUAUGGCAUCCCUAUGGGGUAGCUAAAGUCAGUCUAACUGACCUACUGCUAGGUGAAAAGUACUUGAAUAUCAGUGUGCCCAUUCAUAGCUGCUCAGUUCCAGAUCCUGGCUGCCAGAAGGAUAGUAAGACUGAAAAAAUGAUGGGAGUAUUGGGAUCAGUGGCUGGCCCUCAGACUUCUCCAUUGCCUAUGGGACAUUAUCUAGAAUCGGACUCAGUACUGAAAGUAAGAGUUGAAAUAGCUGUGCCACUAGGUGUGCAGGCAGAAACUGCUGACACUGAAGUUGCAGAUUGCCCAUAUGGUUGCAUUAUCUAUAUUUUUGACUACAAUAAUGCACCUUGCUUACAUGAUUUGCUGCAAGAGAUUACAGAAAUUAAUGCUGAAGCACUCCAACUGGAUUCUUAUCCUCUACAAGUAAUUCAGAUGGCUCUUGCUACUUUCAAACUGAAAACUGCGACCAAGGAAAUUUCUGAGCUGGAUAUCAUUACUGGUUUUCAUAUACUGGAUGGAACAAUUCAUCUUUUAGUCUUGGAAGGAUUAAAGGACAAAGCAAUCAAGAGACUGUGGGAACAGCAAUUUGAUAAGACUCACAGAACUGAAAAUGGAAGGUUGGAUAUAUUAUAUAACUCACAGCUGUCUUUCCAUCAGCGCCUGUAUACAGACCUGGAAGCGAUCCUGUAUCAUAUCCACCUCUGUAAACCCCUCUCUUCUAUAACAAGACAACCUCUCCUUUAUGUCAGGGAUAUGGUUCGUCAGGCAUGUUUCCAAGCCUUGUCCAGGCUUGAUUAUCUCUGCCACAGUAAGAAGUUAAGGGAUGUCGUUCAGAGAGGUCUGUUGCCCUCUGCAGAAAUGAUCACAGUCUUGAGUCAGGAAUUUGGGAUUCCCCUAACUAAGGAGGAUUUGUUUAUUCAAAGACCUCCCCUGCCUUCAGUCUCCCCAUUUGCUUUGCAAAAAUCCAGAAAAGUUAUCAUAAAACAAGGAGCAAUGCAUUCUUUACUGGAUAACCACAAUGAAAAGUACAUUCAGUGUAAAAAGGAAAUGGAAGACAAAAUGCAGCAUUACAAAGACCACAUCCAGAGGUACAUAACCAGUUCCCAUUCUGUAGUUUUUGGGUCCGCAGUGGAGAAGUCUGACAGAAAGGUCUGCUAUAGAAAAACAGGAACGUUCCUUCUUAUUUGUAGGCUAAUGUCGACUUUCAACCUUUCUGACAAAACAAACAUUUUGCAGCCAAAUACCUAUAACAUGUUAGGAUUUCUUUCUAAGUCAACAGAGGAUGGUGCCCCCUUUUGGGGCGAUGGCCAAUGGAGGAAGCUCUGUUGGCGUAUCUGGAAGCACAGUUAUUUUAUCAUGAGGGUUAAACUUCGUUACACUAAACUGCUGUGUAAUUUUUCUGUUCAGACUAACAUUGAUGCCGUGUACCUACUUAGUAGGAAGGUGAAAAAGCCAAAGUUCAGAGCCAUCAGGAGUUCUCCUGCUGACGGCAAGUCGGUCUACAACUACAGUUCUCAGAAUCUGAAUUCUGCAGAAUGGGCAAAGAUGCAACUUCGUAAAGAGCUGGCAAAGAAACCAGAGAGGAGAUUCGCUUAUUGCCACGAAUACCUGUCAGCCAUGUUUGAUCCUGUGGAUUUGGACACUGUCCGGAAAGAAUCUAUUGCAAAAUCCAAGAAUUUGUGGGUAUCGCCAAGUGGGUUUGUAUGUCCUGGAUUUAAGAGCUGCAUUGAAUCCAAUCUGCACCCUCGGAUGCCUGAUGAGACACGUUUGAAGGAGUUAACUGAGAAAUGGCAGGAGAACCUUCUGUUUGCUAAUAUUUUGGAGCCAGUGCUGAGUCGUGACAGAUGGAGUUGGGACCAGCGUCGUAUAGAUUUUGAUCUUUACAAGAAGCCACCUGUUUACCUCCCAGCAUCAGCUCCUGCUACUCAUCGGGCAGUGGACACUUGGCUACAUGAAGAGAAUGGUCAGCUUCAGAAAACUAUAUUUGAUGACACCAAGCUGAAAGUUUACAGGUGCUCCACAGCAGCCGAGCUAACCCCACGUGGCCCAAAAGCCAGUGCCCAGCUAGACAAACUACAGGGACUUCUCAAAGAUGAACCAGAGAAAUUCUCACUUAAGAGACCAGCCAUGAUCCUGCGGCCUAUCCCAGCACUGUCCGUGUUGCAGCAUAUACCUGCCUGUGGCAGUUACCGAGACCUGACCAGAAAGAGGAGCACCACCAAUGGAUUUGUUCCAGGUCUUGAAGACCAGCACAGCUUGAAGUGGAAUUGGAAUAUAGUCCCCUGCCAUGACAUGGAACACAGAAAGUUUGAAAAGCUGAAAGGAGCCGACUUCAAUUUACUUUGUUAUGAACAUUCCUUUCUUUACAAGAGGAAAAGACCGGAGAAGGGAGGGGAGGAUACAACCCUUCUGCUACAGCAAGAUGCCACUGAAUAGUCAGGUAAUUAGGUAGCAACUAAAAUACAGAGGGGAUGGACUGUAGGCAUGCCUAAAGUAGAGAUGUAAAUUCUAGCUUCAGGAGAGCUACAAGCCUUAGCUGUGAUUGAGCUAAUCUGCUACAAAUAUAGUACACUAUGAGGGGCUAGCUAUCCUAUGUACGUAGCCAGAAUUUAUAUCUCCAACGCAAAGUGUAGACAUAGCCUGUGUAAUGGUUUCAGUGCCUAUCAGCCUUUCAGAUAUUAAUGCCCUCCUGGAGUGAGAUUAAAUCAAUCCUCCUUAGGGGGUCAAGGAAAAAGGAGGUGCUGACCCUUAUAGAAGCUUCCCCUACACAGAAAUGCUGCAGAAAAUUACCUCUCCCUAGAUUCCCAAGCAAUUUCCCUUUAUCCAUAGCUAAAAUGAUCACAGGCAAAGAGGGAGCUAAAUUAGAAUUCUCUGAAACCCAAACGGCAAGGGUUGCCUGUUUCUUUCUCCCCUCUAAGUUUUGAGUACAAGGCCCUAAACCACCAAUACAAGUCAGUUACCAUUUGUUUUUACAAAGGACGCUAUUAAGUAAGCAUUCUCCUGAAACCUACAUCAGUACUUUGACUGAUGGGCCAUCCCUAUGUUCCCAGCAGGAGCAUACAGCACAAGCCCAUAGUUCUCACUUUGAGAGAUGAUUAUUAUACACCCAUCAUUUGAACAAACUUUUUGCUAAUGGUGAAAUGUUUGUUCAUCCACUUACAGAUUGUGUGUGU